AUGUAUCACCUAUUCUCUGUACCGCUGGGGGCCGUGCUUGCAUGGGUUACCCUCUGGAUCUCUGCUGCAGACAGCGCCAGCGACCUUACAUAUUGUUCCACGGAUAGCACGGGUUCGGGUGCUGCAAACUUUUCCGUUUACCAAUCGAAUGGUAACUGCCAGACCCAUUGCAGUGGUAGUGCAUUUGCCAUUUUGCAGGGGAAAAACUGCUGGUGCUCUGAUAUCGCCCCUAACGAUGAUGAUAAUGUCCAAACCUCAGAUUGUGACGAUGGCUGCCCCGGAUUCCCGGACGACUCGUGUGGUAGUGCAUCGAAGGGGCUAUACGCCUAUGUUCAGAUGGGCAGCCCCUCUUCGACCGCGAGCGCGUCGUCAACAUCAAGUACCGAUUCGUCUUCGACCUCCGACGAGAGCUCCACAAGUACGUCCCACUCGAGCGUAGUUGAGACCCAUGGCGGCCAAGUAACAACAGUAACAGUCGGAGAUUCCGGCUCAACAUCCGCAGCAGAUACCGCCAAUGAUUCGAAAAGCGAUGGUGGCGGAUCCGGCGUCAGUAGUGGAGCUAUUGCCGGCAUUGUCAUCGGUGUUGUCGGUGGUAUUGCCCUGAUUGUGGCUGCCAUUAUCCUGUUCCUCGUCAAGCGCCGGCGUGAUAGGCAGGAUGCCGGCUACCAGAACGACUCGAUAGACGGUAGGCAGAGCAAAGGCUCCGGGAUGAGCUUUGCCGGCGGCAAGGGGGUCUUCGCGGACAAUCACAGUCACACCCUAUCCAAUGGGUCAUCAAGUGCACCCCAGCGCAUGCCAACCUUCACGGAUAACCGUUUGAACACAGGCGCGGUACUAUAUCCAAACGGUCGUCGCGCCAGCGAUGUCUCGCUUCAGGAUAACGAAGAUUAUUCUCGGCCGGUUCUCCGGCUUACGAACCCCGACUAA